AUGAAGCUCGGGUUUGGCGGCCAUGUAGGGCGGACACUUUCCGCGUUGCGUCGCCCCAGGCCCGAUCAUUUCCCAGCGCUUCGAUCAGUGGUAUUGGCUGUCAAGCAGAGACCCAUACAUGCCAAAGCGACAGAAUUCCUUCAGAACAAUCAACCAGACUGGACCGAGUCUAUGCAUGAUGUACGCGAAGCCAUCUCCAAAAUAUGCUCGAGGUACACCGACGAAUACUGGCUUGACAAGGACAACAAGCACGAAUUUCCCCUGGACCUACACCGCGACUUGGCGAAUAAUGGUUGGCUUGGGAUUUGCAUGCCCGAAGAAUAUGGUGGCUCGGCGUUAGGGAUAUCAGAGGCUACCGUGAUGAUGCAGACGAUUUCCGAAUCUGGCGCGGGCAUGACGGGCGCCUCGUCCAUCCACAUGAACAUUUUUGGGCUGGAACCCGUGGUCAAAUUUGGCACGUUGGAACAGAAGAAACGGAUGCUGACGCCUCUGAUACAAGGCAAGGAAAAGGCAUGUUUUGGCGUGACAGAGCCCAACACGGGGCUGGACACUUUGAAGCUGCAAUCCACGGCAGAGAAACGGGGUGAUGUAUACAUCCUUAACGGUACCAAAAUAUGGACGUCGACCGCUCAAAUAGCUGACAAAAUUCUUAUCCUUGUCCGAACCACGCCUUUGGACCAGGUAUCUAAGCCUACACAUGGGUUGUCUCUGUUCUACACCACCCUAGAUCGGACUGCUGUUCAAGUUACUGAGAUUCCGAAGUUGGGCCGCGCAGCUGUCGACAGUAACGUCAUCUUCUUUGAGAACUGGAAAGUACCUGCCGAAGAUCUGAUCGGUGAAGAGGGUAAUGGUUUCAAGCAGAUUAUGGUUGGAAUGAAUGCCGAGAGAGUUCUUGUCGGUGCUGAGGCUCUGGGUCUUGGUUACGCGGCUCUACGGCGUGCUGCGAGAUAUGCUCAGGAGCGUUCUGUGUUUGGCCGACCAAUUGGCAAGAAUCAAGGUAUUCAGCAUCCGUUAGCAGAGUCGUGGAUGAAAUUGGAGGCCGCACGGUUGAUGCUGUACCUCGCAGCCAGACUCUACGAUCAAGGUCAUUCUUCCGGCGAACAUGCCAACGCGGGCAAGUACCUGGCUGCCGAAGCCGCCUUCGAGGCCUGCGAAAGGGCAGUCUUGACGCAUGGAGCAUGGGCUAUGCCAAAGAAUACCAUGUUGAGAGAUAUCUGA